AUGACUCCUCUAGGUAGUUAUGUAGGAAACCAUAUGUCCACUAGAGUGGCAGUGAUGAUCGGAGGACUUUUAUCAUCGGCUGGACUUGCCCUCAGCUGCUUUGCCCCCAGUCUGCAGUUCCUGUACAUAUCUCUGGGACUUCUCACAGGUUUGGGAUUUGCCCUCAGUUACACACCAGCAGUAGCAGUGGUAGGCACCUAUUUCAAUGAGAAAACGGCUCUGGCAUAUGGAAUUGCCAUGUCUGGAAGAGGCAUUGGAAUGUUCAUCCUUCCUCCUCUGGUUCAGCACCUCAUUAACCAGUACUCCUGGAGGGGAGCUCUUCUUAUCUUAGCGGGUCUUGUUUCAAACUUGUGUGUCUGUGGGUCUCUUAUGAGACCUCUAGUGGACCAAGGUAAAAGUGAAGAGGAGAAUCAGAUCCUGGAUGAACCUUGUGUUCAGGAAGACUCUAACCAAGUAGAGGUGAAGGACACAGAGGAAGAGCAUGAAGAAUAUUCAGAGGAACAAAGGAGAAAACUGAAAUGUUGUCUCUUCCCACCAUCAUCAGACAAGUACAGCUUCCUGUUCACGCCUGACUUCCUGUUGAUUGCAGUAUCCUUCCUGUUCCUGGCAUUUGGCUGUAAUGUGCCGUUGGUGUACCAGGUGCCAUAUUCUCUCAGUCUGGACAUCAGCCAUCAUCAGGCCGUCCUCCUCAUGUCCAUCCUAGGAGUUAUGGGGAUUGUGGGUAAUAUCUCUUUUGGAUGGAUCUCAGACAGGAAGUGUUUGAGGAUGUUUCGUGAGGUCACUUUUCUGACCACAGUGGGGUUUGAGGGUCUCAUUUGCCUCUUCAUGCCCUUGUUAAGGAGUUUUUCCACCCUAGUGAUCUUCUCUGUUAUCUACGGCUUCUUUGACGGGGCCUGCAUGGCUCUCAUCCCUGUGGUCACCUGUGAUAUUGUAGGCUCCACCCACCUGUCCUCAGCUCUGGGUGUGGUGGGCUUUUUACACGCCAUUCCGUACCUCAUCAGCCCACCGAUAGCAGGUUGGCUGUUGGAUCAGACAGGCUCCUACACAGCGCUCUUCCUCCUCAGUGGACUCUCCCUCCUCUGUAGUGCUUUUACUCUGACCGCUCUGGCUUUACUGCGUCACUGCUGUAGGGGGCGCUCUGUCUCACUGCAGGACCAACACCAAGCAUAAAGUCACUAACACAAUACAACAUCUCUAAAAGCUCCUGUCUCCGGAGGAAAAAACUCACAGAAGCACAACAAUCCAGCUCAGGAGAAUCUCCCUGUCUGUCUACAUCUGUCUAUAUCUGUCUGUCUGUAUCCAGAUGAGUGUGUAAUAACAAAGUGUGUUGAUAAGUGUUUACUAUCUAUAGUAGACUAUAGUGUUUGCUACCUAGCUAAUUAGCUAGGUAGCAAGUAUGCUAUUAGCUAGUGACAAUAGUGCAAUAGUCAUGGUGUGUUUAUGAAGUUCUCCAUCACAAACCACGUUCUUUGAUGUUAUGUUGAUGUUACUGUGGCUUGUGAUAAGUUCUUCUGCCAGUGUAGGUAAACGUCAUAGCUAUUUAUGGUAACUUAUUAA